GCUCAUUGAUGUCAACGACUCGACAUGCAGGAGUCCGCAAUAUCGAUAGUACAAAUAGUGUUGAUCAGCACACCGGGAAACAAAACUACACUCCGCUCAUGCAAAGUCGAUGUCCCAACUCAUAUUCAAGUUGAUGCUCCGACACUCCUGACCAGUUAACAACUGAAACUUGGCAUCGGUACCCUCCACCUCAGCAUAUUGAACACAUAGCUUGCCCAACAUGCGGAAAGGUUAUCACCGAUAUUUUGACCAUGAGGCGGAUCAAUUCCACCUUUGAUGGCUCGCCCUCCAGAUCUCUUCUCAUCAUCCCUCUGCGAUGUUCGAAAGCAGCACGAGCGCCGUCGAAGGACCGAGGCUGCUCAAGGCUCUGGUCCAAGAUGUCGCUCAUUUGCGCAGUCUAGGGUGCGGUUAUGGUUCAAUUGAAGGAUGUCAUAAACUGCUAUGGUAUUUUUUUAGAAUAUCUUCCUGAGGGCUCGCUCAUGCACAUCAUUGUCAGAUCGAUAAAUCGGGACAGUUCACCAAAGACACUCGUGUCAGUCAAGAAGUUGGUACAGAAGGGUAAAGUGACUAGUAGCCCAGAUCUUCGAUGUUUCAAGCGACGCGGAUCUCAUGUCAUCCAUGUGGACCUCAGCCGCAUUUUGCUAGUGACAUCGAAGCCUCCAGGCACCGCACCGCUCACAGCGUAUGCCACCUGUGUACAUAACUACAGCGGUGACAUAACACGAGCUCUUUGAACACUUGUCCCUCAAACCGAGUGUUUCUACGACUUUUUGCUCUUUAUCGACUCAGCUAACAUGGGAGGAAUCGUAGGAGGACUCGCUGGCUGUCGACCCUCCAGAAGAAUUCACCAUCGAGAUGCGGUGGAAUAACCAGACUUACCUGCUACCUGCAAUCCAAGAC